AAAGAUCUGUUCCAGGCCUCUCUCCUUGCAUAGAUGGCCAUCUUCUGCACCUUCUCGGUGCCUUACCUCUGUGUGUGUCUGUGUCCAAAUGCCCCCUUUCUCUAAGGAUGCCAGUCAUAUUUGAUUAGGAGCCCACCCUACUCCAGUAUGACCUCAUCUUAACUAAUUACAUCUACAAUGACCCUAUUUCCAAAAAAGGUCACAUUCGGAGGUACAUUUGGGGGUUAACACUGCAGCAUAUGAAUUUUGGGAGGACACCAUUCAACCUGCAACAGCUGCUUGCAUGUUAUAAAGGCAGAAUUGAGUUGCUGUGACUGAGACCAUGUGGUCUGCAAAGUCUAAAGUUGUCACUUUUCAGAAAAAGUUUCCUGACCCCUGCUAUAGGUUUUGAUGUGGAGAAGAUUCAAAAUAUAUUCUUAAAUGAAAAGGAUUACAAUAGUACCUUUUGGGACAUUAUCUCAUUUGAAAAUAUCUAUGUGUAAAUACAAGAAAGGCAGAGAAUAUAUAUCACAAUAUUCAUAGUGGUGAUCCUUAAAGAUGGGCACUUGGAGUAAUUCUUAUUUUCUUUUUACUUGUAUUUCCUAAUGUUUCUAUUAUGAGCAUGUAUUAUUUUUGUAAUUAUAAAACCAAAAAAAUUAUGCCAGGAUAAUGUAUAAAAAAUUAGACUGCCACGUUGUCUUUGUAAGCACAGGGUAGAAAUGAAUUUCACACAGUAUUUAUUCCAACUUCUAGUGUCUUUCCCUCACUGCAGAGGCUGGAAAUCGGAAAAACACAUUUUUUUCUUUACUCCCCUGGGGUUCUGGUUGCAAAAUUGAUUCUGCCAGUAGAUGGAACCGAAUGGGAAGAAAGCCAUCACCUUGCAUCUUUGCGCCUCUCUACCUGUGGCGUUUAGCUCUAGCUCUGAGCUAAGAGGGGGUUGGGGCACUGGCUGUUUCCUCCUUGGAUUGCAGCUAGAGCAGAAAGUUUUUGGAGUCAAUGACUUCUGGUUCCCUGCCUUCCUGAUAUCACGGAGGCUGCAGCUCCCUUGGCAGGCCGGUUCUGCAGUGCUGCUCAUUUUUCUAGGAAUUAUCCCAGGACACCUAGUCCAAAGGCAGGCUUUCCAGCUAUUUUAUAAUGAGAUAAAUCUUUCCAUGCCUAAAAUAGCUGAUUUAUUGUUUCCAUGACAGAACCACAGCUAACAUAAGGGUUCAUGAGCAAUUUAGGGACCAGCUUUUGCUAAAGGAAAAAAAUGUAUUUUCAGGAAAAAAUACAUUUUAUGAUAAGUUGAAUGAAAAUUAUUCAGAGGCAUCGAUAUUUCAAGUUGCUUGGAAUCCAUCUGAACUGCAGAAUGAAGAGUAGAAAUAAUUGGAACCAUUCUGCCAAAUCUAAAACACAGCUCAGAUCCCCCAAGUAUAAAUGCAGCAGGGUCACAGAUCUCCUCACUUUUAUGAAGGUGUACAAAUAGAAUGUGGCUUUAAAAUUUUCUACAGUGGGUCUACUUUCUCCAUGGGCCUUAUGUCUAGGGGAUUUGAGGAGGAAUGGUGAGGGGCAGGAUUCAAUCUGCCUGUUUCUGAAAUUUCAGUCUGAUGAACAUGUUUUAAUUCUGGUAGCAGCUUGGUCUUUCUGGUUCCUCCCCUUUCUCCAUAAUAUCUGGGUGCACAGAGUGUUGUGGCCUAGUUAUGGCCUAGCCCUCUGCCUCUGGUUUCCCAUGUGAAGUGGUUAGUCUGGCCUGGUCCCUAGACUGAAGACUGCUGAGGACCAUUGGUCCCAUCUAGGCAGUGGCGCACCAUGUUUUUACCCACUGGUCGAGCCUGUGACUCCAGUCCUUGCCUCUGGUCACAAAUCCCCCUUCACAGUGGCUUCUUUCCUCUACCUUGAGGCCCCAGUAGGUCUGCUGGCCUCCCCAGGACACUCAGCCCCACUCCAGGUUGUGUAGGGUUUUUAGAUCCCUGGCAUGUGCACAGCAGGCUGUGGGGCCAGGAGCAUGCCCCUGGCGCCAAAACCCAGUCUCUCCCAGGAGCCCACGCUGCCAUGUUGAUGUGGAGUCCACACAGAUGUGGGCUCUUCCUGGCCCCCCAGAUGGAGCCCAGGCAAAUACUGCUCUGCUGUCAGCUUUCCUCUGAAUACGUCUAACCUGUACCCACGCUGAGAUUUCAUUCUUGGGGAGGGGAGGCCAGGACACAUGUACUCGUUCUCUUGGAUCCCUAUUUAUUUGGAUAGAAGGUGUGAUGUUUUCACUUCUUCUCAGGUAAUUUUUCCAUGUCAUAAUCUACUCCCAAAUAGCUCAAACAGGACAACUGACAGUCAGGACUUUGUAGAGGAGGGUAACAUGGUUAGGAGGAGACACAGAUGGUUAUAGUGGUGAGUCAGAAAGUCGGAAGCUGGAGCUGAAGAGUCCUAGAGGGAGGUUGUGGGAAAGUUGGUUUUGAGUUACUGUCCUUCGGCAAACAGAACAGUUCAGUGUAGUAUUCAAAGGGCAGGCUUGGAACAGGCCCACCUACUAGCUUUGUGACCUUGAGCAAGUUAUAUAACUUGUCCAAGGCUCAACUUUCUUAUUUGUAAAGUGGGGAUCAUAAUGGUACUUACCUAGUGGUUUGUUGUGUUAUAGGAAAUAAUGCCUGUGAACACAUAGCAGGCACUGGGCACAGGCUAACACACAGCUCGGCUGCCAUAUCCAAGGCAGUCAUGAAACUCUCCAAUACUACUGUUGUGAGUCCCAAGAGGGAAAACCAGCUGUAAGUACCACCCGCAUGUAAGUUGUUACUCGUUGUAUGAUGUAGGUUGGAGAGGUCGGAAAAAGUUGGGGGGUACAACCUCGUCUUCACUAUGACACACGCAUGAAGCAUGAGUGGAUAUGGACAAGGAACUGGAAGCAGAAAGUGAUGGAGCAGGAGCCCUGGAAGAACCGAAAAUGAGUCCAGAGAAACAAGAAGAAGCCAGUCAAGGUGAUGCUAAUGAAAGUCCAUUAUUACAGGGUCUGUCCACCCAUGUGACUCCGUUGGUCCCAGAAUUCUUGGACCCACCACAUAUCCAGGAGAAGGCCUUGGCCCGUGAGGUCAACAACAUACAACACAUGUCUGCAAAGGAGUCCAAAGGUCCACAGCCCAAGGACAUACUCCCACCUGAAUGGGGCGGUAGCAUCUCCAAUGCGUCAGCAAGAACAGUGCAGCCCAAACAGGCUGACAUCCCCAGUUUCUUCGCAAAACCCAUCAUGCCCAAGCCGGCUGAAACCCCCAGUUUGUCAGCAACAAUCAUCCCACCUAAGCAGAGUGAUACCCCCAAUUCUUCAGCAAAAAUGAUUCUGCCCAAGCAGGCUGAAACCCCCGACUCCCCAGAAAAAAUUAUCCCACUGAAGCAGACUGACAUCUUCAAUUCCUUAGCAAAACCCAUAUCACCCAAACAGGCUGACACCUCCAGUUUUGUAGCAAAAAUCAUCCCACCCAAGCAGGGUGAUACCCCCAAUUCCCCAAUUAAAACCACCCCAUACAAACAGGCUGAUAUCCUCAAUUUCCCAGCAAAAACCAUCCCACCCACGCAGGCUGGCACCCCCAAUUUUUUAUUGAAAACCAUCCCACUCAAGCAGGCUGACACCCCCAAUUUUUCAGCAAAAACCAUCCCUCCCAAACAGACUGACACCCUCAAUUUUUCAGCAAAAAUCAUCCCACCCAAGCAGGCUGACACUCCCCAGUCUUUAGAAAAAAUUAUCCCACCCAAACAAGAUGACAUUCUCAAUUCCUCAGGAAAAACCACCCUGCCAAAGGAAGAUGUCACGUCUACUUCUUCAGGACAAAACAUCCUACCCAAGCAGGGUGGCACCAGUUCCCCAGCAAAACCCAUCCUGCCUAAGCAGGGCAAUGGCCCCAAGUCCUUAGCAAAAUCCAUUCUGCCCAAAGGGGCCAACACCCCCAAGCUGCCAGCAAAAACUUUCCAGUCUAAGCAGGUCAGCAGCCCCAAGGUCUUAGCAAAAACCACCCUGUCCAAGGACAGCCACACUUCCAAGUCCUCAGAAGAAAACAUCCUGCCCAGAGAGAGGGACAUCAAGUCCUCAAUAGAGACCACUGAGUCCAAGGAGGGUGACAUUCCCAAGUCUUCAGAAGAAGCCAUCCAGCCCGUAGAAGGCAAUGUUCUGAAGCCAUCAGAGACCAUGGAACUCCCGGAGGUGGACUUGGUGAAAGUGAUCCUGACCAAGGAGGACUUUGAGUUGGCACUCAAGGAGGCCGGGGAGAGGCUGGUAGCCGUGGACUUCUCGGCCACCUGGUGUGGGCCUUGCAGGGCCAUCAAGCCCCUUUUCCGGUCCCUGUCCUUGAAAUAUGAGGAUGUGGUGUUCCUGGAAGUGGAUGCUGAUGAGUGUGAGGAGCUGGUGAGAGACCUGGAGGUCAUUUGCAUCCCAACAUUUCAGUUUUAUAAAAAAGAAGAAAAGGUGGGAGAAUUUUGUGGCGCCAUUAAAGAAAAACUCGAAGCAAGCAUUGCAGAAUUAAAGUAAUUGUGGAUUCUGAAAGCACUGUUAACAGUCAGCUGGUUAUAGCUUGUGAUUUUUUUAUUUACUAAAAGAGAUGAGCCAUAAUGAAAGUGUAUGUCUGAAUGACACCUGCUCAUAAAUGAUGAAGUAUUAGCUCCACCUUUUCAAAAAGUAGUAAAGCACAAAAGCAUGUUGUGACCAUGUUUUCGUUGGUAGCAAAGUGUGAUAUUAGAAUUUCCUUUGGUGGAGAUUGGGAGUCCACAAGUCUCCUAUUUUUUUGAUCAUGACUUUUUUUGGAACUCACCCUUGAAAAUUCAGUUCAUUUGGUGUUAGUGGCAACAUCGGAAAUUUAGACAAUCCUUCUGUAGAAGUACAUGAUUUAAAGAUGAGUGGAGACUUUUUUUUCUCAUUUGGGGUUUCUGAUAAGAUGCUUUGGGAAACAAAGCAUUUGAAAAAUUCACAUAUCCUACCUAACCUCCUCUAAGUGUGGGGAGUGCUAUGGAGGCCUCAGGAAAUCCCAUGGGCUCACCAAGGCUGUGUGGGAUUCCUUGGUGGCAGAGUCGAGACCAAGGCAUGUUCCCAGAUCUCAAGUGCAGGCCUCUUUCUAAUCAUGCCCACAAAAUCCGAGACAGGGCUCCCUGCUUCUGGUUUCUCAGGCCAAGAGCUUUAUUAUUCAGGUCAAAGUCAGGGUGAUCUUCAAUGCCAUUAUGACAUCAGUUCCCUGGUGACAGAGUUCCUACUUGGUCUCCUGGUAACUGGGAUUCUGAAACCUGCUCCCAGUUGUCUCAGAGCCCAAAGGCCCAGGUCUGGGUCACAGAUGGUGGCUUGGUCCAGAGUUUUUGUGUUUAAAAAAAAAAAAAACUGUGUAGGGGCGCCUGGGUGUCACAGUCGUUAAGCGUCUGCCUUUGGCUCAGGGUGUGAUCCCUACGUUCUGGGAUCGAGUCCCACAUCGGGCUCCUCUGCUGGGAGCCUGCUUCUUCCUCUCCCACUCCCCUGCUUGUGUUCCCUCUCUCGCUGGCUGUCUCUCUAUCACAUAAAUAAAUAAAAUCUUUUAAAAAAUGUGUAUGUGAUACACACGUAUAAAACAGCAUGUAUUUAAUAUACACAAUUUGAUGAGUUUGAACAUAUGCAUACACUCAUGACAUCGUUACCACAGUCAAAGUAAUAAACAUAUCCCUCACCUCCAGAGUUUCCUUGUGUGUCCUCUUUUUUCUUUUUCUUUUUUUAUUAUAUUA